AGAGCGAAACACGACACCCCGACAGAGGAAGGGGGGGUUGAGAGAACACGAAGUGAGUGAGUGAGUGGAAAAAGAAAAAGUCUGUGCCGGAGAAAGAGAGGGGCAGAGAAAGAACAGAGUUGGCUUUGGGCUUUUUUGUUCCCUUUCAGAAGCGCCGCUGUUUUGACUGUCGGUGAGGAUGAUGAUGUGGAGGAGGAAUCGACCAUGCGACAUCGUUGCAACAAUCGGGAUGAAAAUUUAGACUCGUCGCAUUCCGCUGCUCCAGCACCGACCAACGGCAGCAGGGCUCCUACAAACUUCGACCUGCGCCAUUCAGACCUGGGCGACUGGAUUUCCCCCCAGAGGCUCGGGGCAACUUUUCACAUCAGGCGCCGCGUACUUAUGAACAAAUACCCCGGCACAAAACUUUUUCAGCACACGCCGAUGUGUCGAGAUAAAACGCAGAAGCUUAUGUGAAGUUAGCGGAGUUUUUUCCCAACUUAAAACCGAGUACCUAACCGGGCAGGGUCUUUUUUAACAAGCCACUUGUGAGAACAACACCGGAGGAAGGAGUGGAGUGUCACUGCUAACUUCGCUAGCUAACUUGGCUAAAGGCUAGCUAACUGAAGUCUAAAGUUACGAGUCGACGGGGAAAGUGACUGAAGCAGCACACCGAAGCCGGCAACAACGAUGAAAACCCCGGCAGACACGGGGUUUGCCUUCCCGGAUUGGGCCUACAAGCCUGAGUCGAGCCCUGGCUCCAGACAGAUCCAGCUGUGGCACUUCAUCCUGGAACUGCUGAGGAAGGAGGAGUACCACGACGUCAUCGCCUGGCAGGGAGACUAUGGCGAGUUUGUCAUCAAGGACCCAGACGAGGUGGCUCGCUUGUGGGGGGCGAGGAAGUGCAAGCCACAGAUGAACUACGACAAGCUCAGCCGAGCACUAAGAUACUACUACAACAAGAGGAUCCUCCACAAGACCAAGGGGAAGAGGUUCACCUACAAGUUCAACUUCAACAAACUCGUGCUGGUCAACUACCCUUUCAUCGACAUGGGCUCUGGUCGAGUCCCCCAGAGUGCCCCUCCAGUGCCAUCUGGAGGUAGCCACUUCCGUUUCCCCCCCUCCACUCCAUCAGAAGUCCUUUCCUCCAGUGAGGAGCUGCGCAGCCCGGGCAUGUUCAGCAGUGUGGCUCGCCGUAUGGCCCGUGGCUCUGUGAGCGACUGCAGUGACGGCACCUCCACCAACUCAGAGCUGGAGGAGACCGUGGGGGCCGAUGAGCGAGGCGUGGGGCCUGAACGGGCUUACAGGGGCCUGCUUCCUCCCCGCCUGCCUCACGAGUCUCUCUUCAGGGUCUACAGCGCUGCCCCAAACCCAGCAGGGCUCGGCAGACAUGGUCCCAGGGUUCACCCAGAUCCUCUGUCUCCAUUCCCUGUCUCCCCGCUGCCAGGCCCCGGGGGUCUUCUGGCCCCAACUCUGUCCCCGGCCCUGUCCAUGACCCCCACCCCCCACCUGCCCUACACCCCGUCCCCCUCCCUGUCCUCCCCCAUGUUGGGUUCCCACUUCUCCUUCAACCCAGAGGACAUGAAGCACUACCUGCAGGCCCACACCCAGUCCGUGUACAACUACCACCUCAGCCCCAGAGCUUUCCUCCACUACCCCAACAUCAUAAUCCCUCAACCCCACCGCCCGACCCCAGAGAAGCCAGCCACCCAUCAUCUCCACGGCCCACCCCUACCGCUUCCUCAUUCGCUCAGCCAGCAGCCAGGAGGCGGGGAGGAGGGGCAGCAGCACCCAUCACCGUUCAAGUUCAAGCUGCAGCCGCCGCCGCUUGGGCGCAAACAGAGAGAAUCUGGGAGCUCAUUGGCUGCUGCUUCUUCCUCCUCUUCCUCCAGUCAAUCCUCCUCAUUCACAGGGUCUAGUCAGAUAAUCAACUCUGCCAUGGCUGCAGGGCCUCCAAAGAUCAAGGUUGAGCCCAUAUCAGACAUAGAGUCAGAGGAAGAGGUGGAGGUGACUGACAUCAGUGAGGAGGAAGAGCUCAAUCAAAUUGAUGAGGAUGACGAAGGUCACAUCUUUACCCCAACAGCUAGUCAUCAUCUUCAUAUGCUCAACAACCAUCACCAAGCUAACGGGAAUGGGAGCAACCUCUCUGCCCCUCCGCACAUUAACCCUGAUGAUGACCCCGAUGACGACGAAGAGGUCUUUAAGACUCCUGCCACUCCUCCCAUCGGCAGCGGCAGCUUGGCCUUCCCUCUCAUCAACCUGAAGAGCGAGCCGGGUCAGCCAGCGCCCAUCAGCCCCGGGGGCACGCGAUGUAUCCCGCUCAAACUCCGCUUCAAACGCCGCUGGAGUGAAGACCAGAAGAUGGAGGCGGAUGGAGAGAGGGACGAGGCAGAGGACAAGAAAGUGAGGGCUGAGGGAGAGGAGGAGGUGGAGGGGAAGAGAGAGGAGACAGGCAGGAGAGUAGGGGAGAUGGAGAAUGGGGGAGGAAGAGGUGGAGCGGGAGGUGUUAUUUUGGGGUUGAUGCUGCCACCGCCUCCCACCCAGCGCAGAGCGAGCUCGGAGCUGCAGAGGGCUACAGCACAGCUGUCUCUGGAAAACACUGGCUGCUGAGCUUCACAUGCACACACAGGGGACAUAGACACAAAACACACACCUCUCUGAGUCUUGUCAACAAACUUAUUAGUUUUAUGUAGAACAUAAUGCUUGGUGGUUUGUUAGUGGCAGUAGUGAACACAGGUUUUGCGUGCUUAAAGGGACAGUUCAACACAAUGAAAAAUGCAUAUUUUUCCUCUUACCUGUAGUGCUGCUUGUCAAUAUAGAUUGUUUUGGUGCGAGUUGCAGUGUUGGAGACAUCGGCUGUAGAGAUGUCUGCCUUUCUCAUAUAAUGGAACUAGAUGACACCUGGCUUUUUGUGUUCAAAGCGCCAAAAAAAUACAUUAUAAAAACUCUUGUAGGAACUACGUACUUUUUACCAAGCUACACUUGACAACCAUAUCACUCCCCGGAAAGAGGUUGCAUCUACUGCUAGCUCACCUAGCUCCUCAGCUGAGCUAUCUAACGUUACAGCUCAGCCGAGAACGACGGCAUUAAUGUUUACAUCUCACACUGUCACAAGCACAAACUUCUUGUCCAUGAGUAAAUGCACCCUUCCUUCUGUGUGGCAAUGCAGUUGGUGGGUGUAGUUUGGUCGGAAGAACAUAAUUCCUACAUGAAAUUGCUCACACCAAGGUGUGAGGAUUAUCUUGUCAACUGGGUCAUAAUUUCUGGAAAGAGACACUUUGAGCACCACAAGCUGAGCGCUACGUAGUUCCAUUAUAUUGGAGAGAAGGCAGACAUCUCUACAGCCGAUAUCUCCAACACUCAGCAACUCACAUCAAAGGACUGAUAUUCUGAUAAGUAGCACUACAGGUAAGAGACCAAAUGUGUGUUUAUGAUGUUGUGGUGAGCUUGUCCUUCAAAGGUGAAGAAUGGAGACAGUAGCUAAAAGGUGAUUACAUGAACACACUUUAAAGUUGUCAGGAUGUGUGCAUGUAUCAUAUGAAGGAAAUUGUUUUUUGUGCAUUAAUUAAAGGAGCUAUUGGACACUUUGUACUGACCUCACAGCCUCACAAGCUCCUUAAAUGACUUGACACAAAAUAUAAUUUCACCUGCAUAUGUUACAUUUACAUGCUGACAUGGUAGUAAAGAACAAGAUGAUGGUGUUAGCAUAAUUUCCUCCCUGUUCCUUCGUUCCCUCCUGUGGUCAGUACUGUCAGCAAGCAGCCACUAGACAUUAUGUGAAACCAUAAAGCAUAGACGUGCCUGUGCAGCCUCUGAUGCACUGAGAGGCAUGACACCUUUGUGCCCCUGGUACUCCAUCAGACAUGAACACAGCAGGUAGUAUUUUUGCUGGGACUCACAACAUUAGGAGGAACUUACUCUGUAUAUUGACUCGUGACCCAUUUUUAACACCAGAGCCCUACAGAGAGGGAGUCUACUCUUAAUAUCUCUUAGGAAUUGCACACUUCAAUGCCUCCUCGCCCUCACAGCGCCAGUUAAAUCCACCAGGGAUCACCUCACAUCACACCUGUGCCCCAAUUAUGUCUUUUAAUGGGUCUGUUUGUUCGUCUGGUGCAGUGAAACGAAUCGCAGUCACCCUAAAGAGUACAAAGGCAGCCUGAAUUGUACAGCAGUAGAUUUUCUCACCCACAUCUGCCUCACUUGAAAGUAGUGAGCCCUCCCUCCUUUUUCUCCCCCCUCUCUCAUCUGUACUCAACCAUAACGAGAUGGACAGAUCCUAAUGUUACUAAAAACACUUAAAAAAAAAAAAAAACCCUGAUAGAGAUUACAGAAGUGCCUCUCUGUCUGCACCCAUCACCAAGCAGUCGUUUACAAGAUGGAGGGCAGUGAGGGGAAGGAAGAAAUGCUCUGCUGGAUCCUACAGACUGAAGAGGGUAAUUAGAAAGAGCUCUCCAAUCACAGUCUUUUCUCCAGGAAGCAACUCGGACACUAUGAGACUGCAUCAGGGCCAGACUGAGUGCUCUCUUCAUCCUCAGCUCAUUCACUACAGUGUAUAAAGACAUGAAAUGAGGAGUGGGAUUGUACAUCUUGAGGACAAGUUGAACUAAACCGGAGCGGGAGAGGACGAUUGUGACCUCCCGACCUCUGACCCGCCACGUUUGUUAGCCAGCACAUUGUUUCCACUGUACAGAGAAAAAAAACACCUCAGAGGAAAGAGCCGGAUCCUUCUCUCCGUUCUCUCUUCACUUGUUGAGGACAUGAGGAAGCAGCUCCUAGAAGGGCUGUAAUUACAGACACACUUGUUUCUGAAUGUGUGUGCGUGGACCCAAAGCUGGCGUAAACAUCACCGUGCCCUCGAGGACAGAAAGGGCGUCCCGACUUUGUGUCCCUCCGUGACUUCGCACAGUCUUUGAGGGGUUUUGGAGGUUUGAGGGCAUUUGUAGUGUUUUCUCCCUCUAACGAACAACAGCUCUCCUCUGCAUUCCCCCCGUUUGUUCUUUACAGACUGUAUUCUUUCUGUCAAAGGAGGCGUGUGCCUCACAAUGAUAUGGACAGUAUUUUAGGGCAUUUGCAGUGAUCUGAGGAUUUUCUGUAUUUUGCAGAGAACAGCCGAAUCUGUUCACGUGACAUUUUGAGAAGCGACAAUUGACUUGCUUUGUCUACAGGGGCGAAAUUGGGAGAAAUGUAAUGAAUGUCGCGCAUCAAGGUAAACUCAGGCAAACUUCAACUGAGAUAUCGAGAAACAAACUUAUUUUUAUGACAUUUUAUUCAUAUAGUUUUAAAAGGACUAAAAAGAGCAUUGCACCCAUGUUAACGAACAAUUCCAAAUAAGAUUGUGCCUUUAUUAAGCCAACGAGUUCUUAGAGUUACCCCCAGCAAAAUAUUUUAUCACUCACUCACAGUACCACCAUGCCUUCUGUUUUUUUGUAAAAGAGAGAUACAGAAUAAGUAAAUCUACACAUAUAUAUUUUAUUCAAAUAUAUAUUGAAUUCAAAUAUUAUAUUUCAAUAUGGUCAUUUGAUACAAAUCAGGAAAAUCCUACUAUUUUUAAUGGUAAAGAUAUGUAUAUAUUCUAAUGGACAUAUUAUUACCAGUAUAAUUCAGCCUUUGCCUUCUCACCCUUGCCUUCUCAUGACCGUUGAGCUGCAGUGACAAAGGCCCAAUGGUGUCAGAGUUUUAUAUUUAUAUCGUUAAAAUGAAAAAAAACAAAACAAAAAAAAAAACAGUUAUUGUGUAUUCAGGGGACGGAGGGUGUGACGGGACAAGGAUCAAAGAGCAAGCAGAAACGUCUAAGCAGAUCUGGGUCAAUUCAUGUUUUUCUUGUUGGUGGGCAUGUUUGUUUUAACAUCCCCAGAGUAGAGCUGCAACUGUUAAUUGAUUAGUAGUCAAAAACAUUCCAACUUCUGAAAAGUGAAAAUGUUCUGGUUUCCUCACUCCUUUAUAACAGUGAACUGAAUAUCUUUGUGUUGUGGAUAAAGCAAGAUAUUUGAAGACGUCAUCUCGGUCCUUGGGAAACAUUGAUCAACAUUUUUCACUAUUUUCUGACACUUUAUAGACCAAACAAUGAUUAACCAUAAAUCUGUUAACCGCCGCCAAUAUUUUUGACCAGUUCUGUGUGUCAGUCUAUCGGUUAAAUUUGCUGCCCCUCAGUUUAUCGUACUGUGCGUCAACAGGGUCUCUGUUAGGAGGUAGCUUGCGCUGUCACUCAUUCAGUGAUUACUAGCGUCUCGACCUCACAGACAAUGGUAGCCAUCCUCUGGUCUCCUCCCAGGUCACCCUGGUGACAAAAUGGCUCAUUUUUGAGCUUUAGCAUUGUUAGCAGUGUCAGCACAGUUAGUGGUGCUAACAGUGUUAACAGUGCUAUAAGGGUUUUGCAGGUCAAAAUUAAGCUGCUUACUCAACACGACAACCUGGAGGGAGACCAGAGGGUGGCUACCGUGUUUUUCACAUGUCCCACCGCCUGGACAGCGUUACUGGCAGUAAUCUUCAGACCCAGUUGGAGACAAGAGGCUAACAGAAAAUUAAAAAAAAAAAAAAAAAAAAAGCAAGACAUUUACGUCUCAGAACAUUAUAAUUAAACCACCAAAUAGAUAGCACCUUGAAUGCAGCAUUAAAGCUAACUGAGUCAAUGGAGCACUGGAUUAAAAGGAAAGCCCUCUUGUAUUUCACAUCAUUUUCUUUUACCCAUAACUUAUUUGAUGGGUGUCAGGGUAUUGACAGCAAAAUUUACAGAAACAGACAUCCCUACAAACAGCUAAUGGAAUACUCAAGAAAAUACUCCACAGAAUAAUUGACAGUUGCAGUUCUGCCCAGGAGUAGCAGAGAGGCAGGUUAACCACAUCAGGACACAGAAAGGUGAAUUAAAUUCACCCCACCCCCUCCAUCUAAAACGUCUAGCAGCCACUGUUUGACCCCAAUCUGCUUAAAAACCGUGGAGGCACAGGUUGUAACAGGAGCUGGUGACGGACUCGGGUGUUCAGAUUCUGAUUGGACGACACAGAUAUACAUGCAGCUCUGCGUCACCUCGCAAAGCCGGCAGGACCGCAGCUGCCGAUACAACUGGACUUUGGUUUGAGCGUGGACCAUGGACUCAAGUGGCUUUGUGUGAACUCAGUGUGUCUGUGUGUGUGUAUGGGCUGGUCUGAACCCUGCCCACACACACACACACACACACACACACACACACACACACACACCGUCCUGGUUACAGUGAGGCUUUACUGUGGCUAGAAUAAAGGGAAACAUGACAUCACACGUGACAUCAGACGCCCCCACAGUCUCUCUGGAGUAGACGGCAAACCAUAGAAACUACACACACAUUUACACACAAACACACACACAGAGGAAAUGGCAUCACAAAACCUCAGAACGGAGUGGAGAGAGAGGGACUUCCCAUAACCUGACUCGCACAUUCUGCAUGGUGUGUACGUGUACUUGUGUUUGUGGAUGUGUGGUUUCUAUGGUUAUGCCAUCCACACAAACACAAACUAUUACACACAGCCUAGUGAAGACCAGCCAUAUGAAGUAUGAAGUGUCGGCUCGGGUUAUUAUUCAGUCCCAGUAUUCUUGUCCGGACUGGCCAACCAGCUCCAGUCUAAUUUUGAAAAGGUUAUUUUUCUUCAGCAGGCACAAACAAACUUUUACAUCUAUCCUUCCAGUGUGUUUAAAAUGUUUGAAUCAGCAUUAAAAAGGGUCAAACCUCUGGUCACUGCUAAAAGUGUCAGCAGAACAAUAAAACAUUUUAGGGAACUUGAAGGAUAGCUGCAUCAGUGUAACAGUGUCUGAUAAAGAAGAAUAAAGAACACUGAGCUGUACCUGAACCGUUGCACCUGUGCUGCCUUUACCUGUCGUGGCUUCAAACACAAAACACAAGAGAGUAACUGUUUCCCCAGCAGGUGGAUAUUUGCAACCCUUGGAUUUCAUUGAUGCUGUUCUUAUCAUUUUCUUCUGUAUUUUUUCAGACAUAUUACUGUUACUCCUGUAAUUAUUAUAUUAUUAACUAUUUUUGAUUAUUUUGUACCCUCUUGCCCAUGGCCUGCUCUUCUCCAUGACUUCCUGGUUUUCUGUGAGUUUUCGUUCCUGUUUGCACUCUUUCCCAUAAACUUCAACUAGUUGGCUUCAGUGCAGUCUUUUUUUUUUUUUUUUUUUUGUUUUU